UUAAUUACGUCUGCUGAAGUUUCUCCGUCGUCGCAACACUGGAAACUGGAAAUGGCAAGUCUGCGCAAAGUCAACCUUUGACUCCUUCUUCUCCUCCUCCUCUCCUCCUCCUCCUCCUCCUCGUUCUUCUUCUUCGUCGUCGUCCAUGGCCACGUAAACGCGGCGCUCCUCGGGACCCAUUACUCGGCACGAGAACCGAGUGGAGACCUCCUUUUAAAAUGCGGACGAGAUCCCCGGCAAUGUCGACCGCUCACCGCCGCCGCUCGCUCCCUCCGCCGUCUGCCGUCCCCGCCUCCAGAUGACGCUGUCCUCCGCCGCCGCCGCCGCCGCGGACUCCGUCCGCAGCUCGCUCGCCCGCCUCUCCUCCCUCGACCACCACCACCAGUUCGAGAACUCGAAGCGGUUCUGCGCCUUCGUGCCCCGGCUCCAGCUCGUCGUCGACCAGCUCCUCCUCCUCUUCCCCUCGCCGUCGCCGGAGGACCUCCCCGCGUCCGUGCAGACCGGCCUCCGGGGGAUCGCCGUCGAUCUGGGGGGCGCGGCCGAGACGGUGUCGGCCUACGUGAGCAAGAGCAAGAUCUACGUGCUCAUCACUUGCAAUUCGCUUCAGGCGUCGAUUCAGGAGCAGACGGAGGCGAUUGGAGGAUGGCUCGCGUUGCUGGAGUCGGCUGUCCACGAAAAUCCUGACCUCAGGAAGAAAGUUGCGGAUCUCUCCAGAGACAUGAAGCAGGCUAAAUUCAUAGUGACUGAGAAUGAAGAGAGAGUGCGUCUUAGUCUGCAGAAGGAAGGAGAAGUGAGAAGACCAAGCAAAGCAGUUGAAAGUGCUAUGGUGAUGGAGCUCGCUAGGGCACUAGGGAUUGAACCGCAUAAGUACGCUGAAUUAUCUGCUCAAGUUAAGCACCUGAAGAACGACUUAGUUCGCUCAAAUUCGAUAACCGAGAGGCGGAUUCUGAUCUCUCUGGAGAAGAUUAUAGAUAACUGGUCUGUGGAACCCGACAUUCAGACUGGCGACAUGAAUCUCGAUUUUGAAGAAGGCGCCCAAAUCUCGCCAUUCAAGAACUUUCUCUGUCCCUUGACUAAGGAUGUCAUGAAGGAGCCCGUGGUGCUGGAGUCGUCUCAGACAUAUGAGCGGAAGGCAAUCGAACACUGGUUUGAGCGGUGUAUAGAGGAUGCCCGAGACCCGACCUGCCCUGUCACAGGUCAAGUGCUCAAGUCCUUAGAGCUCAAACUAAACAUUGGACUGGCCGGGGCAAUUGAGGAGUGGGUUAAUAGGAACAUUGAAAUUCAGGUCAAAUCCGCAGUGCAGUGCCUUAGCGAGGAACAUUUUAAGGCUGACGAUGUUGAGAGAGCUCUGGACAGUAUAUAUAAGAUAGCAGCAGAUCAUCCCUCCAGCAGAUACAGAGUGAGGAAUGCUGGUCUCGUUUUAAUGAUCAUAAAGUUGCUGGGGAAUUCUUCAAAGAGUAUUGGAACGCACUUGAGAAGCAAAACUCUUCUUGCCUUGCUCGGCAUGGCAAAGGAUGAAGAAAGCAAGAAAAUAAUGCUUGAGGAGGGGAUAACUAGAUUGGCAAUACGUAGUCUUACUGGGAGCUCUGAAAAGGAAAGAGAGCAUGCUAUCAAACUGUUGCUCGAGUUCUCAAAUGAUGAAGCUUAUUGCAAAAAGAUUGCGUUGGAGAAAGGGGCGUUAGUUCUCCUAACUAGCUUGGCUGGAAAUCUUGAGCAUCCCACUCUAUCCAAUCCGGCAGAGGAGGUCUUAGCACGAAUUGAGACCAUUGAGGAGAACAUCCAGUAUUUGGCAGCAGCUGGAAGAUUUGAACCGCUACUGAGCCGGCUCUGUGAAGGUAGUGAUGAGGUCAGAAUAAGGAUGGCUUCCAUGUUGGGAAGCAUGACCAUGACUAGCAACAGCAAAUUGUUUGUUGCCAGGCAAAGCGCCAAAAUACUUGUUCUAAUGUUGGCGAAGGAAGAAGGAAAGGCACCCAGCUUGAUGGCAUUGCAUAACCUAUCUAGCAUUGAUGAUAAUGCUACCAUACUUGUUAAUUCUUCCAUGCUGCCAUCUCUUACAUACAUCCUCUUCAAGGAUCAGGAUGCUUCACUGGAACUGAAGGAGUUAGCAGCCUCGACAAUGGCUAAUGUAGUCUCGAAUCCUGGGCCCUGGGAAUUAGCAUCUGCUGACAAGGAAGGCCAUUUACUGCAGUCUAAACCAAUUAUCGCGGAGCUUUUGGGGCUCUUAUCUUCUACAUCUUCUAAAUGCCAAGCUUCCGCACUUCGCAUUUUAUAUGGUGUGGCAUCGUCUCCAAAAGCAUCAGAGUCUGUAGCUUCUUACAUAAUGGAUGGCCAGGGACUUGAAAAGACCAUAUUGUUUCUCGAUCAUGCAGAAGACGAGCACAGAAUUCAUGCUUGCAAACUUACUAGACUGCUCUCUGAACGAUUUCAUCAAGAUGUAGCAAGUCAACUGAGAUCUUCCAGCAAGAUUCCUCUGCUUAAAGAGAAGAUUUUAGAUACAAAAACAAUUGAAGGUGAAAGGUCUGAUUCAGCAUGCAUACUUUCUAAUCUUCCUCUAUCUGAACAUGAAGUGACAACUCUCCUCGGAGCUAGUUUCCUGAGAUGGACGGUCACUAUGAUAGGGAAUUAUCAUCUGAAGUCCGAGGGGAGAAUUUUCAAAUCUCAGUCAAGCAUGGGCGAAGGACUUGUUGGCCUCUUACUUCAGUUUACAAGAUCCCCCAACUCGGAGAUUCUAUCGGUGAUUAGAGAGUUGCACCUAAUGAGCGUGUUCUGUGAACGGCUUAACUUUCCUUCAAAACCCAGAAUGAAGCAACUCGCUGCCCUUGGAUUGAAGAAUCUGUCGGAAACUGGAAGGGUCCUUGCUGCUGGAGAUUUAGAACCACCACCACCUCGGGGGUUGUGCUCUCCAUUAGUAUUCAUGUGUGGCUGGGGUGCACCAGAACCUGCUCGAUGUCCCAUACACAACUCUUUGUGCGAAGAGCACGCUCAUUUGUGUUUGCUACAGAGCAACUGUAUCAAGCCUCUUGUAGAUCUCCUUAACGAUGAGGAUACUGACGUCCAAGUCGCUGCAGUGGAGGCACUUUCCACUCUCAUUUUAGAAAGUUCCGGGAGUUUGAAGAGAGCUGUUGAGGAGCUUGAGAGGCAAGACGCCAUUGAUGCUCUAAUUAACCUUUUCGCAGAAGUUAGAUCUGGUGAACUUCAGGAGAGGACGGCUUGGCUGAUAGAAAGGAUAAUUAGAGUGGAAAGCCAAUCCUCGCGCCACUCACUCAAUCAGAAUCUAGUUAGGGCCUUGAUAGAAGCCUUGAGGCAUGGCAAUGCUAACACAAGGGGGCAUGCUCAAUAUGCUCUUACCAAUCUAAAACAGAUAUCAGGAGUUAGUGGAAAUUCCUCGAGUCAGGUUCAGUCAAGAAGGUAGUUAUUUAGUGACGGAGCUUGUAUUUUUGAUGCUGUGCGUUUCUAUGUCUGUAAGCUAGAUAUAGGUUCUUGUUGUAUAGUCGAUAUUGCCAAAAUUUUGCAUUCAAUUCUGUAGUUGAUUAAUAAACGUUGCAAUGCUGAAGGAAAUGGAAAUGUACCAACAGAAAUGUGUUCUAGUA